AUGAGGUCAAUAGUAGAACUAUUUAUUUUAUAAAGUUGGAGAGGACGAUUGGGUAUAUUUGAGUACAUUAUGAAGUAGAGGCAACACUUUAUAGGAUGGGUAUUAAGGCUAUUAGCAUUUUUAGAAAAAAUUUGUUUUAAAGUCUUUCCAAAAAUAGGACAAAUUUGAAUAUUCUAUUUACUUUGUAUUAAAAAAAUGGCUCAAUUACUGAAAAAUAGACCCAUUUUUUCUUAUAUACUUAAACCAAAAUUGUUCAAAUCGAUUAGCUUGAUGUUAAUUCUUAAGAGCAGCAUGUAUAUACUCCUCAUCUUUAAAAUUGUCAAUUUCCAGAGUUUCCCAAUACUAAGCUUCUUCUUCCUCCUGUUUAUGUUAUCAUGAAGCCUAUUAAAUGUUAUCUUUCGAUUAGAUUAUUAAUUUAACUAAAAUAAGAUUACAAAUUUUUUAGAAUAAGAAAAUUAUAGAAAAUAUUGAACUGA